GCGAGGACCUCGGUGCCGUUGGGCUUGCACAAUUAGCAUAUUACCACCAUGGCACCUUUCAUUGCGUACUCCAAAGCUUGGUGGGAGCUGCGCAGUCAGGUCUGUAUAUCGCGCUUAUUUGGCGACGCACGGCGGAACAACCCUCGUGGUGCAUGUAUGCACGUUCAAUCUACGCAGGGCGCUUAAUCGAGAACCUCCUCGAUGACGCCCUGCUUGGAUUUCCACUCUCAUGAGCGAUCUGGUCUCCCAUCAUGCGGCCACGACGACGCCAAACCAAGACUCAUCGAUGAGCGGAUGACAUCGUUGGUGAUAGCAAAAUCAAAUUUGAAACCAGCAGGCAACAAGUCUUGCACACUCCCGCUCGACUCUGAGUCGAGCUUCAGGUGCACACAGGACAAGGCAGGGAGUGAGGGAUCCGCUCCUGAUUUACGACUUGCGUGUGGCGCACGCGCACGCGCACGUGCUCGAUCGUGUCUACUCGAUCACACUUCAUGAAGAAUCACGAAUCCCAAAGAUCGUAAGGAUGUCAAAGUAUUUGAAUCAAAUGCUCGGAGGCAGCUCACUGAAUCAGAAUGUCUUGAAAGUCACGCCGAUGGCGUGUUUGGGGCACCUCAACGGUACAUAUACCGCCGGCGUGACGUGCUUGAGGAAAGCGCAACGGCCCACAUGCCGCCCAGGGAGUCGCCUUCUCGCCCCGCUUCAAAAGUGACGGUCGCAAUUAAGCAAUCAAUAUCUGGUUCCCGCUCCUUUGCGGCGUCAACGUUAUCAAUUGCAGGCGUCCGCUCAGCAAUCAAGGACCGCAAUCAAGACUCGUCAAUCACGAAUGUCGCGCAAUCUCUGCGGUCUGAUAAGAGUCGUGUAGGACUCGCAUGGCGUCAUUGAAGCGCUCAUCCCUACUGUUCGUCUGCUUGCAAUCACCAAUCGUGCAUGCGACAAGAGAAAGAGUCGCCGGUGAGGCAUGGACACGCAUGUCAAGAUAGCUUGAUGCAUGGGAGACCUACCCUACGCAGCUUCUGUAGCUAGCACGACUUGCCACACGGACAUGCUCACACUUUCAUCGAUAGCAGCUAUAGGCGAGUAUAGGCAAGCAUGCUAGCAUCUGAUAAGCUUCCGAGUCAAAUGAACAUGCAGCAAGUUUUUUGCUUAUAAAGAGCGAAGGCAGAGAUGUGGACGUUGGGGUCGGUGUAGCCCAAAGUUGCCCUGACUCUGCUACAAAGACCGCCUGCUCCCUUCAGCUUAAUUGUCUUCGAGUCUGGCACUCGAGGCACUCUGCGUUCCCUUUCUCCUCUCCUGAGCUAGCAGCAAUCUUCUUUUCUGCAAAACGUUGCUAUAGAGCCUUUCCGCUCAUCGCUUCCCCGCUUCGGCCCAGGCAGCAAAGCAUCAAGGUGUCACGAUUUGGAUUCGUGGCUUUACCAACAAGCACGUCGCGAGUCUGAGCAAUCUCGAUUGAUACGGUGCUCUUGCGAAACGCGACCCUCGGCAGCCGACAAAGACUCAUCUGCACCUCCUUGUCUGAGUCCUUUCAUUCAGAUUGAAUCUGCUUCUGUCUGGACUGGUGCACAUACCGACAACUGCGUACAUAGCGCU